AGACUGUGACAUAUAAAAGCUGUUAGCUGCUCCUGCAGCCAGCAGCAUUCAAACCUUGCAGAGUUUUGCUCUCUCAGAGCUUGUAAAAAGACACACUCUUAUAAGAGUUCAUGCUACAACCUAGCAAAGAACUUUAAAUUUGUGGAAGAACAGUAUAUUCAUUUUGGCAUUCUGCAGAGACCCUAACUCUACCUUUCUGCUUUAAAGCAAAGUAAACUCGGUGGCCUCUCCUUCUCCACCCCUCAAAAUGAUAGCAAUCUCUGCAGUCAGCAGCGCUCUCCUGUUCUCCCUUCUCUGUGAAGCAAGUGCCGUCGUCUUACUCAAUUCCACUGACUCAUCCUCGCCAACCAAUAAUUUCACUGAUAUUGAAGCAGCACUAAAAGCACAACUAGAUUCUGCGGAUAUCCCCAAAGCCAGGCGGAAGCGCUACAUUUCUCAGAAUGACAUGAUCGCCAUUCUUGAUUAUCAUAAUCAAGUUCGGGGCAAGGUGUUCCCACCAGCAGCAAACAUGGAAUAUAUGGUUUGGGAUGAAAAUCUUGCAAAAUCUGCAGAGGCUUGGGCAGCUACUUGCAUUUGGGACCAUGGACCUUCUUAUUUACUGAGGUUUUUGGGCCAAAAUCUAUCUGUACGAACUGGAAGAUAUCGCUCUAUUCUCCAGCUGGUCAAGCCAUGGUAUGAUGAAGUGAAAGAUUAUGCUUUUCCAUACCCUCAGGAUUGCAACCCCAGAUGUCCUAUGAGAUGUUUUGGCCCCAUGUGCACACAUUAUACGCAGAUGGUUUGGGCCACCUCCAAUCGGAUAGGAUGUGCAAUUCAUACUUGCCAAAACAUGAAUGUCUGGGGAGCUGUGUGGCGACGUGCAGUUUACCUGGUAUGCAACUAUGCCCCAAAGGGCAAUUGGAUUGGAGAAGCACCCUAUAAAGUAGGGGUACCAUGUUCAGCUUGCCCUCCAAGUUAUGGAGGAUCUUGUACUGACAAUCUUUGUUUUCCAGGAGUAACGUCAAACUACCUAUACUGGUUUAAAUAAGCUUAUCUUUUCCUCCAGGAAAUAGAAUGGUUUCUGGGAAUCAUAGGCAUAUAUAUAUAUUGAGUUUUGCACAUAUUAUACAUAUUUUAUAAUAAUCUUGUUUUCCUUUUAUUAUUCACUGUAUAAAUUAGUGUUUGUCUAGUAUGUUUGUUUCACCUUUGAGUUAAUCAAAACAUCCAUUUCUGUCUUCUGACCUCUAAGCCCAAGUUAAAAUGUUGUCUAUGUAGUAUUGACAUAGUUGAUGCAUCCAAUUCUAAAACUUGCUUCCCAAAGGAAUUAUGUUACACUUGUGAGGAAUCAAAUAUAUAUUUGACCUAUAAUUUAUGUGUGUGUAUGUAGAUAUAUAUACACAUAUGUGUAUGUAGAUAUACAUGCACAAACAUAUAAUAGAUGAUAUAACACAGAGAAUAAUGUGAUUCAGUAGUUAACUUGAGGGAAAUUUAAAAAUAUACUAUUCUGAAAUAUAUAUGAGGUGGUGGGACAUCUUCAGCACCCAUUUCUAUAAUAUCUACAAAGUGACAAUUUGCGAAAAAACACUCAGUGAUGUCUGGGCAUAAUAAUUUAAUUAAGCCACCAAGGAUUUCAUUCUGGAGGUAUUUUGUCUUAUUUGGGUUCACCAAAGGAUAUGCGCAACUUACGUAAGAUUCAAGUCAUACCUUUUGCUUAAUCUCUUUUAUUGAAUUAGUAGUCAUGUGUUGAGUGCUUACUAUGUGCAAGGCACUCUGCAAGUUAUGUUCUGAUAAUGCAAAGAUGUGAGAUGCGGUUCCUGCCUUCAAGAAGCUCACAAAAAUAUUCAGGAAAUAAUGCAGUUUAAGAUUUUGCUGCAAAAUUACAGUUUUUUAACAAAUUGAUUUUAAUGUAAGUUUGAGUAAAUAGAUGCCACAGUGGUCACCUAUAGGUGAAAUAGGUGAUGAGGACACUGUGUGAUACGCAAGGCUUCUGAUUAGCAUGAAAAUGUAGGGACACCACUUGGAACUAAAAGAGGCAGAAAAGAAUUAACUGCCCAGGGAUUACUGUAUUAGAGUAAAUAGUUGUGAGUUUGGAAGGCAGACAGCAAGACACUAAAAAACCUGACAAGGCCCAGGAAAACUAAGAUUUAGGAGGCAGGUAUGUAAAGUCACAGAAAUAGGGUUACUGCACAAAAAAUUACAGGUGAGAGCUUCAGAAGGGCCUUUCCUGAGAGUCUAGUAUAUCUUGAGGCCUGUCAGCAGAGGGUGAAGAAUGCCAAAAGAAACAUGUGAGAUGCCAAGAACACUUCCAUCUCUUCACAUCAUUAUUUGGUGAGCAUCCAUCCAAUCGUAAUGAGCCUCUAAGCAUCACGUUAAAGAUUCUGUAUGCACACCACAGUUAGGUUUUGGCAAAGUGGUGCUCUUCAGAUGAUUUGCUAAGGACUAAUUAGCAAAUCUUAUUUCCAUGUCUAUGUAGAAGAAUAAUUUUCAGUUCUCCAUUAAGUUUGAUUGUGGAAGUCAAAUCAAAGUCACUAUGAAAAUUUCACUCAUGUGAUUUUGGAAAUGCAAUGUUUCCUCUUUCAGGAAUUCGCUAUUAGAGAGGAAAAUUCAACAUCCGGGUCAAGACACUUAUAUUAUGUUUUGUGUGUGUGUGUGUGUGUGUGUGUGUGUGUGUGUGUGAGAGAGAGAGAGAGAGAGAGAGAAUGAGAGAGAUUAUGAAAGAGAGAGAGAGAUGAGAGAGAGAGAAUGAGAUUAUAAGAGAGAGAGAGAGAGAGAAUGAAAGAGAGAUUAUGAGAGAAAGAGAAUGAAAGAGAGAGAGAGAGUGUUCACAAGUUAUGUAAUGCUUCCAUAGAAUUACAGAAUAAGCAAACAGGGUUAGUUCCAGAGUGCAAAUAACAGAAAGAAGCUACUUGUUUAAAAUUCUGUACACAUUUGCAAUUUCUUAGGGCGGAUGCACUGAAAGAUGACAGUUAAUUAAAUCCAGUCAAUGAGGGAAAAAUCCACCAUCUGGAGUUUAGGUUUACAUGAUGACACACAAUUGGCCUAAUUCCUUUUACAAAUUGAAUGUGGUGACCAAAUGUUUUGAUAUCAUACUACUCUGCUCUUGUGGGCACAUAUAUAGACUGUAUGAAAAAUAAAUAUUUUUGGAUACUAAACUGAAGAACAGAAGUAGUUGUUAGAUUCGGGCCCCAGUCUAACUUUUAUCUAACUAUGGGCAAUUGAAGAGAAAGCCAAUUAGUGGGAUGUUUACUUGAUUUCUCUAGAAAGUAUUUCCAACUUUCAUUUUCCUAGACUUGUUCUAUAGAAGUAGCAAAAGUACUAUUAAACAAACAUGACUGUUCUCAGUUCCAGUCCUGUUGCUGGAUUGCUUGUGGGGGUUGGUUUCUCAGUUCUGAAAAAGAAUAAUGAUAUCUGCUACAUAUUUCACAGAGGAUCUUCUGAGGCUAAAGUUACCAUACUAAUAGCAAUUUAUCAAUAUUAAAAGCAACAUUAAUGUUGUGAGACUUAUUUGGGAAAAAAUUAAGUUUUAUGAGCUUCUCUUUGGCAGAAACUGUCUGAUUCUUUGUAUUCAUCCGAGCUUUUUACACAGUGGUUAUAAUGCAGUAAGUGUUUAAUAAACGUGUCUCUGAAUAUAUUUUUAGAAUUAGCUAAAAAACCUAGAAUUGCAACAAUUUAGAGGAGUCCCACUUUUCCAUGUUUUAUUAAGACAAAAAAAUUUCUUAAAUAAAAAGCUCUGGAUGCAUCAAAAAUCCAGAUACACCAUCAAACAUACCAGAUUAAGACUAGGAUCUAGGCAUGAAUAACUGACACCACAGUCCUUUCCAAAUCACUAGAGCUAUACAUUUAUUUAUAACUCAACAACUCAGCUGAAAAUAUAACGGGUAUUUUUUGUUAUGCUAUGUGUACUUUUUAAAUUUAGUAAUAUAAGGUAGACAUGUGAACUGUUUCAUGUUCCAGGCUAAAGCAAAUGAACAUUUGCUGAUAUCAACAGUGUGUCCUGUUUUUCACAACAUUCAACCAUGGUGCUAGGAUAGCUAGUUCUCACUGUAAUUCCCAGGGGCAGAAAGAGUCUGGGUAUCAGAUACUUCUUAAGAGCAGCUUUAAAUAGUCAAUAUUGAGGUAUUCAUUUCAAAACAUAUCAUUCAAAAGAAAGAGUAGUCUCUAUAUUCUCCAUAUUCCACAGUACUGAUCCUCUCUCUAUGGCAUGGAGUUUUCAGUAAAAAAGUAAAACACUUCCAUCACAAUACAGUUUUGUUUUGUUUUAUUUUGGCUUCCAUGUCAUCAGAAGACUGGAAAAAUGACAAUUUUAGCUGUUAAACUGAUGGAUUUCUUUAUAGAAUUGUAUUUAAGUUGUGUGGGCACAGGCUUAAUGUUGCUGGUUAUGACAGAUAAGCUUGUUUUUAAAAUGUGGUGGAAACAAUUUUUAUUAGUACCAUUUUUGCUUCUGUUCGGUAGCCUAAGCAUCAUGAUUUCUGUGGUUCGUCAGGGUUUGCCCUACCAGCUUCAUUUGGCAGUGCCAUAACGUUUACUUGAAACCUUUGUGGAAACAGUCAUUCGAAAGCUCCGUGCAACUCUAGCAAGGAGUUGACCAGACAUGAAGGCAAGUUCACCCAAUAAAAUAUACUCGGACUAUUUGGACUGAAACAGCAUGCAUUUUUCUCAUUAAUACAUGCUUGUGUAAAAUCAACUUGUAUCAUUUACAUAAGCAAAUCUGAUACAUAUUUAGACCAGCUGGAGUGUUUUGUGUUCACAUCCUGCUUAUUAAGUGAAUAUAUAAGCUACACAGAUAAUUUGAAUAUGUCCAGGAAGGAAAAAUAAUGCUCAACCUGUGGUUUAUGUUCUCCCUUUGUAUAACAACAUCCCCUACGUUCCACAGUAUCACAGGAUGCAAAUUUUGACAUAAAUGGAAGCUUUUACCUACCAAAGUGUUUAGGGAGAGUAAAGUUAGAUUUCUAUCAGUGCCUAACAGUAUAUUUGACUUUACAUAUAUAUAUAUAUAUAUACAUAUGUAUGUAUAUUAUAUUGUCAUUAUAUGUGUGGGGAAAGGCAUAUUUGAACACAUGCAAAAUGAUUUUAAAAAAUUAUGCCAUGAUAUAAUUUUGACUUAUGAGAGGUCAAUCAAAAGCUUAGAAAGUUAAACAAUUCACUCGUUAAUGGUGCUGAAAAUGCGUUACAACCACCAUAUCCUGGCUACAACUUUGAGGUUUCUUUUCAGUUGAAGUUUUUACUAAGUGUGAACUAUCAGUAUCGAUUCUGGUGCUAAAUACGUGGUGCUAAAUGAAUUGUUAGUGUUAAUAGUUUUAGUAAUGCUCUUUUUAUUCAUUGUUAAAAGCGAUAAUCCAUUCAAUUCCUGAUUCAGAAAUAUUAAUAAAAUCCUGUUAAAUUAAUGUUACCCAGAAAUAGGCCAGUGAACUCUCUUUUUUGUGUAACAGUCCAACAUUAUCUAGAUGUUACAGAAUGUAAAUAUAUUUCUUUAGAAGUUAUCAAAUUUCUUUUUUUAAGGCAUUUUUUAGCGUGGCAAUGUCCAAAUUCAAGUAUCACCUGAAGGUUACACCGACUAUGCCACAGGCACUGGCGCCCUCUGGUGAUUGUGAAAAUAAAUUUUUGGUGGCUGCUUGGCGGGCAAAAAAAGACGUUGCUUUUGUUAAAAACAAAAUUUAAGUUCCUCAAUAUUGGAACUCUUGGGUACUCCUUAAAUCUGACAGCAUUUGAAAAUGCUUGAUUCUGUUGACAUCAUUUUCAAAGAGGAUAAGAGAGGGACUAUAUCUUGGCAUCCACUUUCCUAAAUAAUAAUGUUUUUUUUAAUGAAAAUUUAUUUCUAAGGUGCUUAUCGAAGUGUUUUUUUUUAAACUAGGUAUUACUAAAGUAUAUUUUUCAUUUGGCUUACAUCACAAAUACAAUUAGAAUUAAAAUUAGCAAACAGAAUUAAAAGUGUGUCUCCUUUUCAGAAGUGAUUAUUUUUAUUCAACAUAGUAUGUAAGAUUAAAAGGAGAUAUGUUAAAAUAAUUAAUUUCAUAAAAAAGGAUUAUCUCUCCAUUUUUACCUGUUGGUCUAAAAUGUGAUAAUGUUCUUUAGUCAUACUAUUUAGCUAAUGAUAAAAUUGUGUUACUCCAUUCAAAGUCCUUCUAGCCUAACAAAUGUACAUAAAAACUUAGAAUUAUAUCAGUUGCUAUAACUAAUGAAGACAAAAUUCUUAGGCAAACCUCCAGUUGAGGUAUGUCAGUGACAUUAUGUGUAUAUAUCACAUAAUUGUGAUAAUCUGUUUUGACAGAAAUGUUUCUUAAACUACAUUAGCAUAACCAAAUGAAAUAUAUUUUGAAGCAGUUUUCCACAUUAGUAUUUUCAAACUUAAAGCAAGAGAACACAUUUUAUGAUCCCAAUUAUAUGUAAAGCUCUAACAUAUACUACAUACAAAAUGGAUCUGCUCAUACCCCAACCUUCCCCAGUGCGUGGGAAGUUUGUUCUGAGAGCCCUAGGAUUCCAUCAAACAGAAAAACAUUGAUCUAAAACAUCCAGUUCCCCCCAUUUUUCUCUAAAAUAAUCGGGUAAUUAAAGCAAGAAAAAAAUUUGAGGCACUAAAUUAUUUCAAUACCCACUUCACUUUACAUAUGUUAGAAGCUUCUGGUUUGAUGAAGAAUUAAAUGCUGACUUUAACUGGUGCUUGGAGAUAGCUUACAGGAUCUUGUGUUUUGUUAUUUGACAAACAGAAUUUUGGUCCCAUAGUGGUUGAGAAUGGGAGGUAAUUGUGGUGCACAUAUGAAAAUAAUGCAUUUUUAAAAUAUCUAAAUAUUUCAAAUAUGUACAUAAUCCUAAAAUAUACUAUAUCAUUUCAGAUUUUUUUAAAGAUUAAUUUGGAUAAGUUUUAUUCACUACUUAACACUGUGGCAGUGAAAGGUGCUUUGAUGUGAUAUAAUGUCAUGAAUGUGUACAUACAUAAAACCUGUGUAAACCUGUCCUUAUAAAGCCUAACAAGUGUAGCUUUUUGAGCUCUGCUGUAUUUUCUUUUUCAAUAAAAUAUUAUAAUUAAUUGUUUUGUUUUAAAAGUAUAUCUAAUUGUUUUCUUGUUUUCAAUAGAGUUUUCAAAUAGAACUAGAUGGCAUGAUAAUUUUGAUAAGGUAUGAUGGACGACUUCUCUAAAGCGACAAUGAUUAUAUCUUUAAUGCAUCGCUGAAAUACACCAAGAAUCUUCUAUUUUCCUUUAUUCCUCUUUCUUUCUUCCCUUCCCUGCCUCAUUCUUUCCUUCUUCCCUUCUUUUUCUACUCAAUUCCAAAGAAUAUUUUGAAGUACAAAUAUAAGAGACAUUUCCAUGGAGGAAGAGGGAAAGAUUGAUGUAUCAAGAAGUUCUGGCUGAGGAAAAUUGCAGCAGUUGAACACAAAUACUUUUAUGCUUCCCCGCAUAGAGAGCCUGAAGAGAAACCAUAGAUGUUCCUGGGGGAGAGGCACGCAUUAGGCCACUCCUUGGCCCAAGGAUAGUGAUUCCUAGGGUGGCUCUACCUUGUAGAAGGGUAAUUCCUUUCUCUCUGGUGAAAUGUAGAUCUCGCAGACCAGUGCACCGAGAAGGAUCUGAAUCUCGGGCUUUAAAUUUCUCCUUACCAUCUGUGAUACUGUGAUUGAUUAUAAGAAAAACAAGGGGCACCUGAAUGGCUCAGUCGGUUAGGCAUCUGCCUUCGGCUCAGGUCAUGAUCCCGGGGCCCUGGGAUCAAGCCCCACAUCAGGCUCCCUGCUCAGCGGGAAG